AUGUUUUCAAGAGCACAUCUUCUUAUCGAAUUAGAGCAUCAAAAACUGUUGGCACACCCACCCUGGGAUAUCGAGGCUUGGCCCUUAAGUGAUGACAGCAUCUUUGAAUGGGUGGCAAAGAUAAAAGGCCUCAGAAAUACCUUAUGGGAAGAUGGAGUAUUCACAGUCUACAUUAAGUUUGACGAACAUUAUAAUGUUCGACCUCCAACAGUUUUCUUUCAGACAGUUCCAUUUCAUCCCAAUGUGGAUAUGGCCAGUGGUAGGCCAUGCAUUGACUUUUUGGAUGACUAUCAGAUUUGGAAUGAAAACUACAGCCUCUCUAUGAUUUUAGUGUCUCUGCAGGCUUUGCUCUCAAACCCAGUGUGUGAAAAUGCAGUGAAUGUAGAUGCGGCCAGAAUGUUAAUGACUUCACCGGAUUUAUAUCAUCGGGUGAUUACAGAAUGUGUGGCUAACAGCCAUGUCAUUGAAGUGCCAGGGGAAUCAGUGAUAAAGGCUUACAGAUCAUCUUCAAGUGAUAAACUUUUUACAGCGCAGACGAAGGCCAGAUCCACUCAGUCGAAGAAGCUGUCAUUUGAGGAAUAUCACAGAACUUGGUUGAGAAUAGCAACAUCAAAGGCAGAACCUAGUGCUGUCAACCUAACUUUGGACUCAAUCCAGGAGAAAUCUUGCCAACAGAAUUUGCAUCUUAGCAUGUCAAGAGAGUUGGCAGAGCAAGUAAAAGCGAAACAAUUGCAAUCACAUAACCUACUUGUGUAUGGUCCCAUAAAGUUACGUGGGGAAUCAGAGAAAGAGGCAAAACUUGCAAAACUCAACAGAAUGAAGCAGAUGUAUCUACCGUGUCACCAGGCAUCAUUGUCAGAAAUACACAGUAGAAGCACAGGGAAGACAACUCCUGACAGAUGUCCGCAACAUAAAGCAGAUGCAUCUGAGGACGAGGUUGAAGACCUCGUUCAGUGGUCUCGUAAUCUUGAUUCCAAUUUCUUAGAGCACAGUUGA